GCCCUGUUCUAUGUACCAGCGCCCCCACCGCCCAAACUCCUCUCCAAGACGUCGGAUAUCACCAGAUUCUGCACAAGCGACUACGAAGAAGGCAGGGAAUCUGGCCCAAGGCACACCCUGGAUCGUCUUCGCCCAUCGCGUUUCUCACCGACCCAAUCAUCUCGCGGAAGCGGCAGGCGUGUUGAGUGUGCAACUCAAACAGCAGGUGCAAAGCAUGGCCGAAGACAACCAAACGUCCCAGGAUGGCUUGAUCCACCGCGUGUGCGUGGAGGACAAGGGGCCGGCGCAGUCCGUCGCUACAAUGAGGAGAGCCCAGCGCUGCGAGUACGCUGGGUGCGACGGGACCCCUCGGUACGGGCCUCGCAAUGGUCUCCAGAGCUUUUGCCAGGGCCACAAGAGGGCCGGGAUGUACACCUAUCGCAGCGGCGAGCUCUUCAUGGCAACGCGUGAUGGGCGGGUUUUCAGGAAGGCUGCCGGUCCAACCGCGACCGCUGCCGCUAAACCUGUAGCCUGGGACAUGGCCUUCGAGGCGACCAAAGAUGCCCGGGGCACUUGA